UUUUGACGUAACGACGCCGCGUAGCGUCAGUCGUCACUUUACGGCAGAGCAUGCUGCUGGAGGUCAGAGGCAUGAUGAAAAGGCGAGUUCCGUAAUUUGUAAAGGAAAAAAAACGGUGUUUCCACUUGUGAUAUUCACUUCGGAUACAACUCACACACCGUGAGGACAGCCUCUGUUGUUGGCGGUGGAUCCAGCAGCUCGUCGUUCAUCGUCUCGUCUUGGAUUUUGAGUGUUGCGACGUAGCUAACGUUAGCUAGCCAGGUCGGCACGGCAGGUAGCCUCUUACUGGCUCCAGUUUUCUCCAGGUGACCCCCACGGAUCUUUUUUUUUUCUCACCAUGGACAACAACUCGCAAGGAUCGGGGGGAAUCAAAGCAGGUCUCGGGGGUCUCUUUGGAGGCGGUGCACCUGAAUACUCCAACACAGAGCUCGCCGGUGUCCCAUUGACUGGAAUGAGCCCUCUGUCCCCUUACCUCAAUGUCGACCCCCGUUACCUGGUUCAGGACACAGAUGAGUUCAUUUUACCCACAGGCGCCAGUAAAACAAGAGGAAGGUUUGAACUGGCUUUCUUCACUAUUGGAGGCUCCUGCAUGACUGGAGCUGCACUUGGAGCUGUAAACGGUCUCAGGAUGGGCGUGAAAGAGACUAGAGACAUGCCGUGGUCCAAACCUCGUAAUGUGCAGAUUCUUAACAUGGUGACCAGGCAGGGUGCAUCAUGGGCCAACUCUCUGGGUUCUGUCGCAUUGCUGUAUAGUGCUUUUGGCGUGGCGAUAGAGAAGGCCAGAGGAGCGGAGGAUGACAUCAACACAGUGGCUGCUGGGACGUUAACUGGGAUGCUCUUUAAAUCAGGAAGUGGAUUAAAGGGUGUAGCCCGCGGAGGUCUGGUUGGUUUAGCCUUGUCUGGUGCCUAUGCUCUCUACAACAACUGGGACCACCUCACCGGCUCCUCCUCCUCCUCCUCAUCCUCCAGGCUGUACUAGCCUUCCUCCCACACAUCUGCUUCAUUGUUAGGGCCAAAUAUCUCUCCAGGACACAGCCUUUAACCACAGCGCUAAGAGGAAUUAGACUCUGGUCAAAUGCAGUGUGCUUUCCAGGGAAAUGUGAGGUGGCCCAGUUCACUGGUUUUCUCCCCAUAAGCCACUUUCCUUUCCUGGAGCUUUCUGGGAAUGAAAGGAUCUCCGAAGUCUGAAAAAGAAGUUGUGAAAAUGCGGACAAAAUUCCACUGGAGAUCCAGAUGUAGACCAUCUUAUCAGACCUCUCCCUUCAUUUGUCUUUAUACUCUGAGGUUUUCCUGUCACUGAUCUGAUCAGUAAUGAGAACACCCUUUGAAGAUGUCACAUAGAGGUGUGUCAUUUGUUGUAUCGUUGUGUAUGGGAGGCUUAUUGGUCUUCUUUGACGCUAGUUUAGAAAUCAAAUCGAUGAACCCAUGACAUUUGGGUUUAAUGAGCCAAUAUUAAAUGCGUAAGAUGACUUGUGACAUCUGGUGUGUGGUUCACCAGAUGGCUGGAAGCGGAUCCACGUUCUGAUUUUCGGACCUAAAGACUCUUCUGUCGUAGAAUAGCAAAGAGAUUUUCAACCAAGACGUGCGAACAGGACAAAGCCUUACAGUCAAUUCUACUUGUAUUUAUUGAAGCGUGUCUGCAGUUUGGCUUUGUUUUACUGUGCAAGAAGAAAUCACUGUAGAGCUGUACCGGAAGUGCGUGCUGUUCAUGUGUCUCCUUCAAACCCACUGUAUUAAAAACUCAUUUAAAAAAUGGGAAAUGUUCACAAAGAUUUUUGCUUUUAACCAGUUUUAUUUCACAAAGUAGAUUGGAUGUAAAAGGUCAAGAGUAGUAUAAACUAUGCACUGCUCUGUCAAGACUUUCUGCUGUCCAGAAUCAAAGCAGUGCAUAGUGUAUACAGGAAAAUAUGGUGUGUUAUAAAACAAUUAUUGCACAUUCAGAACAUGUAUUUAGAACUUGAAGUGGUGGUAGCUUACGUUCCAGAAAUGGUGAAACACUGAACGGCAGCUGUGAGACUUUUAGAAAUAAAAAAAACAGUUUGGAGUCAUCUGUAGACGUCGGACAUAAAACGGAGCAGAGCUUAUGUUUGCUGUCAGCACUAAGUCAGGUGGUCCGGUUAGUGCAGGAAGAAGUCCCUGAUGCGCGUCGCCUCGAUCCAGGGGAUGUAGGCGGCAGUGCGCGUGAACACGCUGGGUUUGUUCUCCACCGUGCAGCCGAUGGGGCCGAAGCUCACCACACCGUGCACUUCCCAGCGGUCCCGCCCCAGCUGGCACAGCAGAGGACCGCCAGAGUCACCCUGGAAGAGGAGGGGGGACAUGACACUUUUUUUAAAUGAAUCGUCACCACCACCUCCGGCAUUUCUUCCUGUAGUGACUGAUCCAUUCAUUCAGGGAAAACCGGUCUUCAAACUACGAGCCGACCCGUGUAAAUCUCAGUCCUACCUGGCACGCAGCAGGUGGAUCCUCGGUGUCUCUGAACCCGGCACAGAUCAUGGAGUCUCGGACACGGUCGCCCCAAAAUUUCUUCUGCCGGCAGGUCUUGAAGUCAAUGAUGGGGAGGCGGGCUUGAUUUAAGGCUUCUGCCAGGGACACAUUCUCCUUCCCACCUGAAAUGUGUGUAAAGGAGCACGUUCACUCACUUCAAACUACGUUUUGAUUCCUACUACUUUGGCCUUUUUAGCCACGCUAGCGGCACGGUAAUGUCACAUCGCUUCGGUCCAGACUGAAAUACAAAUAUAUAUUAGACAAAUUGCCAUGAAAAUAUAUACAAACUUUCACGAUCCCCAGACAAUUAGUCUUCCUGACUUCGGUGCCCCCUGACUUUUCAUCGAGCUCCAUCAUCAAGUCAAAAUUUUAACUCGUUCCAUACAUUAGCUUAGGACUUUAUACCUGUAAACUGAUGUCACUCCCAUCAGCCCCUGCUGCACUUUGUGUCUAGUAAUUAUCAAAUUUUAGCAUGUUAACAUGCUAAACUAAGAUGAUGAACGUGGUAGGUAUUGUAAUUGCAAUAUUAUACCAUACAGAACAACAUCAUGUCAGCAUUGUCAUUCGGAGCGUGUCAGCAUGCAAGCAAAGGCUGUAACAAUCUGAAUCUUAUCAGAAACUGAAAACUGAAUACUUCUGAAUUGAUGGCAUUGACAUAUUCUACUUUGUAAACCAUUUGUCUGAGUUGGUGGAUUUAAUUCCUGUGUUUGACAUUUACAGAAGGUAUUUUCAAGUUUCCUCAGUAGCCUUAAUGUUCAAGUUUGAAUUUUCAUCAUGAAUUUUGGUGUCUGAAUUUCACCAAACUAUUUUGAAAUUUCUUAUAUAUUUGACGUAACUUGAAUUUUUAGAUUCAAAACAGACCAAUUGAAUUUGAACAAUUUUUGAACAAUGUUUUUUUGAAGCUGCACCAUUGGAAAGAAGGACCAUAUAGGAGUUUCAGAGAGGGAGUUCAAGCCACAUGAUUUUAUACUGGUGGUUUUCAGAGU